AUGUCGGACUCCAGAACUGCAGAAGAAGUCAUCCUCGCUCUCCAGUCGUGCAAGAGUCCUCGAGCGAGAGACACAGCUCAGUUCUACAACGCGUGGGCCAAGAACUACGAAACAGACUUAUCUCUGAUGAGCUACAGAUCUCCACAGCUGGCUGUAGAUUUCCUGUCUGAGAACUUCACUGGGAGUCCUGGAGAUGUUCUGGUUCUGGACGUGGCCUGUGGAACCGGAUGGGUCGCUAAACUGAUGUUUGAACUAGGCUUCAGACACUUUGUGGGAGUGGACGGCAGUGAAGGAAUGCUGGAACAAGCUGCUGAGACCGGACUCUACCAGGACCUGAAACUGGCUUUACUGGGAACAGACCCACUGCCUGCACAGACUGGUGUGUUUGAUGUGGUGAUGGUCGCCGGCGCUCUCUGUGCUGGUUUCGCUCCGGUCAGUGUUGUCAGGGAACUCUGCCACGCCGCCAAACCAGGAGCCCUGGUGUGUAUGGCAAGAGGCAACCACACAGAAACCCAAGCAGAGGAAUACAAGCAGGAGCUGGAGAGGGAGCUGCAGCUGAUGGAGGACGAGGGGCUGUGGACACCAGCUGGACGCAGACACGCAGACAGAUACAUGCGAAGCUCCAACCUGAGUCCUGAGAGAGAGCAGGACCAGCAGCCGUUCAUCAGCGGGACCGUUUAUCUGUACAAGAAAUCCAGCUGUUAA